AUGCUAACAAAUAUUCGUACAAAGUUCUGUGGUAAUGCGAUGUCUCCUUCGUCACUAUCCCCUCUUCCCACGGCCAUACAGAGCCACCAAAAAGCUUACCUAAGUAAAAUCAUCGAGAUGGGCAACAUGGAUCAGCUAAAAUCAAUUUUGCUAAUUCAAACAAAUGUGGUUGAAAUACGGAACAACGAUGGCGGUACACUCUUAAUGGAAGCUACUCAUUACAAUAAACCACAAAUGGUCCAAAUUUUGAUUGAUGCUGGUAGUGACGUGAACGCUGUGGAAAAGAAUAAAAUUAAUGCAUAUCACUACAGCGCAUGUGUUGGUCAUGAAAAUGUCUUACAAGUACUUAUUCGUCACGACGUUACAAAUAUUAACAAGGCAAUGAUGUACGGUUGGACACCAUUGCAUUUUGCAUCUAAAGGUGGUCAUAUUCAAUGUGUUCAGUUAAUCCUGUCUGUACCCCAUAUUAAUGUGAAUAUCAAAAACAAUAAUAAUGAAACUGCUUAUGAUGUUGCUAAUAAUGACACUGUCAAACUUUUAAUUGAUGGACAUCAAAAGCAAUAA